UGCCCUUUGUUAGGAAACGAAACUGAAAAAUAUAGGCUAUAUAAACUGCAGAAUCCUGACAUUUUCAGUAGACUUUGGACAGAAUCAACCAGUUGACUGAUGAAGAACCGAGGAUUACUUCAAGAUGAAGUGUCUUGGAUGUGGAUAUCAAGUUGAGGAAUCACACAAAUUCUGCAGUGAAUGUGGCCUCAGAUUGUUUCCCCAAUCCCAAAUCUGCAUCUCAGUCACAUUUUCAGAUGGGACCAUUUCAGAGCGACAAACACCCGUGACCUGUGACGCAGAGGAUGAACGAAAUGCACCAACAUGGAGCAAGACUGACACACCCCUGGCACACUGCAGUGAAGAACCAGGUGGAAAUGUCAGGAAAAAGAGUGAAGACUCCUCCAAUAUUACUGAACACCGUACAGAGACGUGUCAAGAGGAAGAGAAGUCGUCUGCAGCUCCAGCGGUGGAUGUCCCUCUAGGCAACACUGUCACAUCCGCUGGCGCUCCCACCAUUCCUAUAGCCUCUCCAAUCCCACCCCCCCAUCAGAGACCACCAGAACACCAAGAUGCACAUCCAUCAGAGGUAGAUGUGGGCACCCACAUGAAUGAGCCCAACACUAGCCUACCCAGUUCUACUUCGGUGACGAAGGAGUUGCCUGAGAAGACACCUGAGACAGCUGAUCUGAACACAGGAAGGCCUGUUUUAGACUCAACUCAGCCAGCCAGGAGACCCCUAGGUGAGGAUGUCCUGGAGGGAACAUCACAAGGGUCAAGAAAAUCAACAAAAAGCCUUGAAAAUGACGGUAACACAGACAUUAAAGUUCCAGAUGAGCUGAAGACAUCUAGUAACCAGACUGUCAGGAAUAUCAAGAAUGAAGCAAACUCACAGAAGUGUGCUGAACAAUCAGAAAUCCCUGAUGACCACCGGGUUGAACCAAAUAACAAUCAGACACAACCGCCUGGUCCUCCUCACUUAGCAACGCCAGAGUUACCUGAGAAGACAGGCUCAUCCACAGAUGAGAGCAAGGAUCUGGUCAAAGGAGAACAGCGCUCAGCUUCAAGUCUCCCAGACGGGCAAAAGUCAUAUAAAGACGCUCUAAUGGGGGCCUCUAAAGAGACACUGGUUGGUCUGUCCCGCAGGCCAGAGUUUGGGGCCAAUCACCAGAGAGAAAAUGAAUUUAACUCAUCCCAUGAAGCAGAGGCUGGCGACAAGCCUCAAGAAUCAACGGAAGUGUUUUCCAAGCCAAACCAGGAACCAGAGAAUCUGAGUAAUGUCAGUGGUAAUGUUUCCAAGUCAUCUAUUACUGACCCCUUACCUGCAAAUAAAGACAUGCCCCCAAACCAACGCAGUGAAGACAGAUUCCAGCAGGAGUCCUGGAAUGAUAAGCCGAUGAUGCCUCUGCUAUCACAAAACACAGAAACGUUUCCGGGUAGUGAUAAAAUCACUAUAUACUUCCAUGCCAUUAUAUCCAAAGAAUACAAACUGAACCCUCAACAUGACAGGAUAUUCUUGAGGUCUGGAAGAUUGUUUGGAGAUUGGAAUAAAGAUGGUGUGGAAAUGAAUAUCACCCGGGGUUUGGGGAAGGAUAGAUUUCUUCUUGCUGGACAAGUGAUGAUAUCCAUCAUGAAUAAGAAUGAAACCUACUGCAUUCCCUACAAAUAUUAUGUUCAUAAAUUAAAUGGGAUGAUGUAUGAAGGAAAUUAUGAGUGCAUAAUUCAGACAUCCUCAAACCUAGUUUGCAACCGGGUUUUGAUCAUCAAGCCAUAUCUUUUGACGCAUCAAGGAGAAUGGCACCAGUAUGAUGAUAUCAUAUAUCCAGAAGUGAAAAGAAGCUGGUUUCAAUUUUGGGAUAGUCCUGUAGAGACCUACGUGGUUAAGGGAAGACGACUAGCUGGAGAAGUGAUGCUGAAAACCAUCUUUGACCUUCUGAAAACCUGGAGUGAAGUGAAUGUGAGAAACUUCUUUUCACAACUCCAGCAGUUCUAUUUCACAUACAGCUGUCCUUGUGUCUUCGAUGGCGAGACAAAACCAUGGGGUUUACCAUUUGGAAAAACAGAGGUGAACAGCCUUCUGAAAGAGUUAAUGGCAGAAAACGUAGCUCCCCGGUCACAAAAGAGCGGAGGAAACCCUGAGGUUUUUAUCUCUGACCCACUGAAAGCAGGAAUUGUUAUCCUGCUGGUGUACUGCACGUUUGGAUUGAAAGAGGACGACCGCGGUCGUCUUGCAUCUCUAUGUCAGUGGCUCUGCCUGCCUAAAAAGCCAAGAGAACAUUUCUUUGCCUACUGGACAGAAUUGAUCAAAGGCCUGCCAAACAUAGCUGGUGUGGAAGACAUAGUUGAGUCACUGUGCAUCCGUGCAAGAGAAGAGAGACUUCAAAACUGGAUCCUGGUCAUUCCUCUACUGCAUCUGCUUAAAGGAGCCAGCAAGCCAUUUGAACCCAUGUCACUGACCAUGGAUCCACAGUCUGACAACUGGACUGGGCUUAAAGGCAUCAGAACAACAGACCACUGGGAAGACACCAGGGAGAUGAGGAGUCUCAUGACACAGAACAAACAUCUGGUCGAGGUGGAUCAUCUGCUUGUGCGAUCCUGGAUGCUCCUGCUGCAGUUGGAAGACUUGCCAGGCUUUGUAUCGGCCAUCGAUGUGGGUGUCCUGGACACUCUUUACUGUCUACAGUUCAGGCUUACAGUGAAGUCUGGAACAUAUAACUUUGACUAUAUGCAACCGGUGGGAAAGUUACUGUUACAUCUUAUUGCAAAAAUGAAUGGACAAGAAAACAGAGAUAACAGAUAUGGAGGACUUUGCUUGAAAACAGCCGUGGGAGUUCUGGAGACAAUCUGUAAGACAGAUUCACAUCUUUAUGAGAUUCCACUGCACUGUCUGAGUCUCAUCUGUCUGACUGUAGAGAAGUUCCUAUCUGUGGGAAGCUCCGGUCCACAGUCUGAGGGAAGUAAAACAAUAGAAGCAACGGAGCAGGCACUGAAAAUCCUGAGAGACUGGCGGCGAAAAACAUUACAGAGAAAAUUGUUUACAUCACAGACAGAGACUGAGGUCUGGAACAGGUUGCUCUCAGUCUCUUUUGGGAACAAAGAGCUCAAUGAACAAUGGGGAAGUACUUUCCGGAAGGACUUUGAGGGAAAACUAAAUCAGGAAAAGCCCAUGCAUCUGGUUGAAAUCUACUGUGACAAGAUUGAAGAUAUGCAGAAGACAAGUCCUUCUUUGUGUAGCUCUCUGGAGAAAUGUGCCAUAGAUGCAGUCACCUCCAUUUGCAAGGACAAGUCAAAACUUAGUGAGUUACUGAAGAAUCGUGACUUCUGCAAGUUUGGAAAGCUGAUGUCUGUGAUAGUCCUGAAGUCCUGGCCAAAAACUGACAAUGGGCUGUACGUUGAGGACGAGGAGUUGGUGAUGGAGCAUCUUCUCAGCUGGCCUUUGGCCAAAAGUCUCUUUGAAGAACAAGGUGCAAAUGGAGUGUUGUUUAACCAACUGAAAGAUGAAGCUAAAGAGCAGAUGGAAAAGGCAAGAUCUGCGUUUUGUUCUGUGAUCAACAAGUUAAUCACCGGGAACAUCCAGAUUAAGAUUCUCAAUCAAGUCCUCAAAAGGAAAGAAGAACUCACGCAGCUGCUAAGGAUAGAUGACCUGUGUGAUGAUGGUCGUUGUCAGAAUGGUACAGCCAUGAAAGAUUUACUGAAGUGGAGAGAGGAAGAAGUGGAGGCUGUCUGCAAUGACAAAGAGAUGGUUGACAGCCUUCUCAUAUUAUGUCACAAACUCAAGGAACAUCUCACAAUUGACGUGAAAGAACUGGAGAGGAAAAACCUGGAGAACAUAGAUUUGAUGAAUCUUGAUGAGUUCAUGGAAGUUCACAGCUUUGACAAGGACUCCUCUAAAAUGACCGGUGUAGUUACAUACUUCAACUUCUGUGAUGUCAUCAGGCAGAUGGCAUCUAAACUUCAUGCUAUCAGGGAAAGCUUCAUUUUAACCAUGUGUUGGGAGAAACAAGCCAAAGGGCUUUCACACAAACAACUUGACACAAAUGACGAAGAACUGCAGCCUGAGAUGGAGAGGGAAGUGUUCACCCUUGACCUGAUCCACCGCAAAAUAUUCCAGAGUUCCUACGAUCAUUACUACAAGAUAUAUGAGAGUUUGCAAUCUGGAACUAUUUCACUGAAGGAGGUGGAUAGCAUCUUUGAAGCCUACAAAGGCAAGUACGAAGACUUGGAAAAGGAACUAAAGAUUAUGUGCAAGAUGAACUAUUCUGAUAAAGGAAAAUGGAUCAAGGGAAGGAUCCAGCAGAUCCAACAGUACCAUGAUAUAUAUCUGGCAUUUGAAUCAGCCAAGGUCAUUAUGACUGUCAAAGAGACAAUAUGUCCUCAAGGGGACUUCAAAGUGCUACAGACACUGCUGGAUAUGAAUACUGAAGACUUCAAAGAAGAGAGUCUGAAUUGCAUUGAUGAUAAUUUGUUGGAGAUUAAGAAAGUUCUUGAGGACAUCACAGAAAUUCGUAGAAAAUGUCUCAGAGAGCUCGGCCUGAGACAGAACUUUGUCAAAUGGGUCAAAGAAGCCCUUGAAGACAUCAAUGAGUUGAAAGUGUUUGUGGACUUGGCCUCCAUCUCUGCCGGAGAGAAUGACAUGGACGUGGACCGUGUAGCCUGCUUCCAUGACGCCGUUCUUGGCUACUCCUCCAUGUUAUAUGGGUUACCGCCGGACGCUGACUUUAAUGCCUUCAAGGAGGCAUUGAACAAACUAUGGAAAGCACUUGGAAAUGACUGCAAAAUACCAAAUAAGCUGCGGGAUACUGCACGACACUUGGAGUGGCUGAAAACAGUAAAGGACAGCCACGGGUCUGUGGAACUCUCCUCUCUAUCAUUAGCAUCAUCUAUCAACACAAGAGGCGUCUACAUUAUCAGUGCACAAAACCAGCACAAGCUGAGUUUAGACAGUGCCCUGAAGCUGCAGAUUCCAGAGCAGAAGAGUAAUCAGAUGCGCAACUAUUCCUUGGAAGACUUGAAAGAGCUGCAGAAUAAACUCAUGCUGAUGUCUGGAAAGGGGGAGCAAAGCAAGAGUGAAGUGGUUCACUUUACUGAGAUUUUUGAUGGCAUCCGGAGGCUAGCUUUAGCAUUUGUCAACCUUCAUGCUGCUGGGAACCCACUAUUCAGGUGUUGGGAGGCCAAGAUUCACUGUAAUAAACAGUGUGAUUCUGGUAUCAUAAUGGACUUCAACCUUGGCGACAUCCUUCAAGAAAUCAGGGUGGAGGGCAAUGCAAUGGACCAGCUUACAGACCUUUGCAGGAAGAUAGAGAUGUAUUUGGAUGACUGGAGCACAUUUAUGGACAAACAAAGAUCUCAGCACUAUUACCUCAACUACUACACCGCAGAGCAGAUUGUCUACCUUUGUGAUGUUUUGACAGAGAAGAACCUGAACACAAAAUUGGAUGAAAAGGUUUUGAUGAUGCUCUCUUUCAUCAAACCUGACUGCUCCUUAUCAGAUGUGUUGGAAACUUGGAAUAGUUUUCAGAACAACCCUGUCAAAGAAAUGGAGCAUGAUGAAGAAAACAGUUUUCAGACUUUUAUUGACCUUCAUGCUGACUUUGAUACCUCUUAUCCUGGGGAGAAAGAAUGUCCCAUUGAUGUUCUGCAGAGUUCAGUGGACAAAACUGUAGGUUUGCGAAAACUGGACCUGGUCUGGAAUGUUUACAUGAAAGACAUGAGAAGCAUUCUUAACAACUCCCUAGACACCAAAAGCCUUGGUAUUCUGCUAGAGAUGCUGGCCAACAUCAAAAACCAGGAAGAAGAAAAUGGCGAAGAUUUCUUUGUUUUAAAUCCAAGUCAGAAUACAGUCAAGAGAGAGCUCCCAGCAGGCCUCUGUCCUGAUCAACCAAAUCUCAUACUCUGCCCACAAGAUAACAUUUUGACUUCAAGCAUCUGCUUGUACAUGACCAGAGACUAUGAGGAGCUGCCGACCUACGACGAAGUCCUCCUAUGUACGGCAGCCACGUCCUAUGAGCAGGUAGAGCUUUUCUUCAGGCGAUGUCUUACACCGGGCUACGUGGGUGAGAAGAUCUACACCCUGCUCUUUGCGGAUCAGUUGAGCUAUGAGGUGAGCAAUGAUGUGGAGAAGUUAUUUCGCAAACUGAGUUCAAGCAACAAGAUCCACUAUAAGCUGGUAAUCAUCUGCAGUGCAGACAGAGAGCACACCUAUAUCCCCUCGGCAUUCAGCCAUUUCAAACGGAAUGUGGUGCCACAAGAGUCUCUUGAGAGUAUUCGGAGAUACCUGUCCAGGCACUCCACUGUCCCCUCAGAUCAAACCAGCGCAGCGUCUGUCUUCAAAGGUAGACACUUCGUUGGGAUUGUGGAUUCCCAGAGGUCUGGAGUGGGAAAGUCCCUGUACAUACAGAGGUUGUAUGAAAAACUGGAGGGAACUGUGACAAUGGGAACCACAUUUUACAAGUGCAUUCGCUUAACAGAACCUAAAGUUGACGAGCAUACAAUUCUCCAGUCCUUUUACGACACUCCAGAGAGCAAGAAACACAAAGUCUUUCAUCUUGAUGUGACAUCCUCGGUACAGAAAGGCUUGCAUGACUUUUUAUUCAAACUGUUCUUCUUGCGCUACCUGGUGGAUUCAGAUGGACAAAUGUGGAAAUGCAGCAACAGGCAUUUGUAUGUCAUUGAGACACUACAAUCGACAUUUAAACUGCAGAGACCUGCAAUAAGAUCUGAUCCGCAGGGAAACUUUUCUCUCUUUGAGGUGUUUCCAAGGGUCUUCUGCCGUCCCCCAAAAGAAGUUAUGGGAUUGGAAAUGCAAAAUGGAGAUGGUCCGGUUGUAGACACUAAGGACCCACUCAUGGAUGACCAGUGUUUCAGGAGUGAGGCCUUUCAAAGACCAUACCAGUAUCUAACACGAUUCCACAGGGGGGAGAAUCUUGACAGCUUUAAAUACCAAAGGAACUCAGUUGAAGGAAGCCAUGCAGAGUGCCUUCAAAUGCUCUUCAUCUACUGUGGCAUAAUUGACCCAUCGUGGGCAGAGCUGCGGAACUUUGCUUGGUUUCUAAAUCUUCAAUUGCUAGACUGUGAGACAUCUGUGUUCUGCAACUUCGAGUUUGUUGGAGACACUCUUAGAGGAUUCCGAAAUUUUGUUGUUGACUUCAUGAUCUUGAUGGCCAAAGAUUUUGCCACUCCAUCUCUCCACUUCACUGACCAAAGCCAUGGGAGGCAGCUGCUUGACAAUGACCUCAACGAAAGAGAUUUGGUCCCCUUCCUCAUCAGAAAGAGAUGGGAAUCAGAGCCCCAUCCAUACAUCUUUUUCAAUGAUGACCACCAGUCUAUAACCUUCAUUGGAUUUCACCUACAACAAAACAAACAUAACGGGAUAGAUGCCAUCAAUCCAUCAACAAAUGUGGUAAUCAAGAGAAAUAUUAUGACCAGACAACUGUACAAUGGCCUCAAACUUCAAAGAGUUCCUUUUAACAUUGACUUUGACCAACUUUCUCGAGCAGAAAAGAUUGAGCGUCUGUGUAGUGUGCUGGGAAUCAAGUGGCCAACAGACCCAGAUGAAACAUAUGAGCUCACCACCGACAACAUACUGAAGAUGAUGGCAAUUCACAUGAGGUUCAGGUGUGGCAUCCCAGUAAUCAUAAUGGGGGAGACUGGCUGUGGGAAAACAAGGCUUAUCAAGUUCCUGUGUGAGUUGAGAAGGAGUGGGGCACCCACAGAGAACAUGAAACUGGUCAAAGUUCACGGAGGAACUACUUCAAAAAUGAUCUACAACAAAGUGCGGGAGGCAGAGGUUGUUGCAGUUGACAAUAAAGAGAAACAUGAUUUUGAUUCUGUUCUUUUCUUUGAUGAAGCAAAUACCACCGAAGCCAUAACCAGCAUUAAAGAGAUAAUGUGUGAUAACACUGUGGAAGGUCAGCAACUUGGCUCCCAAACUGGCCUGCAAAUUAUUGCUGCAUGCAAUCCUUACAGGAAACACACAGAGGAGAUGAUCAAGAGGCUGGAGGCAGCUGGUUUGGGGUACAGAGUCCGAGCAGAAGAGACUGAAGAAAGACUUGGAACUAUCCCUCUUCGCCAGCUGGUUUAUAGGGUCCAAAUGUUACCACCAAGCAUGAUCCCUCUGGUGUGGGACUUUGGCCAACUCAAUGAACUCACAGAGAAAAUGUACAUACAGCAGAUUGUACAGAGAGUGGUGCAAACAAAUAACAUCAACAGAGGAUCCAUCAGGAUGAUCACUGAUGUGCUGUCGUCCUCACAGAGGUUUAUGAGGGAGAGGAAAGAUGAAUGCAGCUUUGUCAGCCUCAGGGAUGUGGAGCGCUGCAUGCAAGUGUUUAUGUGGUUCUAUAACAAACACUCACUGUUUCAAGAUGAGAUAAAUACAUUUCUCCAAAAAGACCUCCAGGAGGAGGGUACCAGGAGAAAACAGCAGCAUUCACCUGCUAGUGAUCGAGUAGAUUGGUCGCUGUUGAUGGCUGUUGGUGUAUGUUACCAAUCCUGUCUGGAGAACACAGGUGAAUACCAGGCCGCUAUCUGCAAAUUCUUUCCCAAAGUCAUCCCAAAGAAGAUGAAGCAGGAAAUCUCACUCAUGCAGGACCUCCUCCUAAGUGGUGUCCCUAUGGGAGAAACAAUAGCCAGGAACAAGGCUUUGAAAGAGAACGUCUUCAUGAUGGUGAUCUGCAUUGAGUUACGAAUACCCCUGUUUUUGGUAGGCAAGCCGGGCAGCUCCAAAUCUCUGUCCAAAACAUUGGUUGCAGAUGCCAUGCAGGGCGUAGCUGCACACUCUGAGUUGUACAAAAGACUGAAACAGAUUCAUCUUGUGUCCUUUCAGUGUAGCCCUCACUCCACACCAGAGGGAAUCAUUAACACUUUCAAACAAUGUGGGCGCUUUCAAGAGAGCAAGAAUUUGGAGGAGUAUGUCUCUGUUGUUGUGCUAGACGAAAUUGGGUUGGCAGAGGACUCCUCAAAAAUGCCUCUGAAAACAUUACACCCCUUACUGGAGGAAGGCUGCAUUGAUGACGAGCCACUGCCCCACAAGAGAGUAGGAUUCAUUGGCAUCUCCAAUUGGGCAUUGGACCCUGCCAAGAUGAACAGAGGCCUCUUUGUUUCCCGUGGCGACCCAGAUGAAAAUGAGCUACUAGAGAGUGCAAAUGGAAUAUGCUUUUCGGACAAGAUGAUUCUGGAGAAGGUUAAGCACCUCUUCAAACCUUUUUCCCGUGCAUAUAUGAAGAUUUGCAAGAAAGGCAAAGGGUUUUUCGGUCUACGGGACUACUAUAGUCUGGUGAAGAUGAUGUUCACGAUUACCAGGGUCUCUAAACAGAGUCCUACUAUGAGUCAAAUCAUCCAAGCAGUCCUGAGGAACUUCAGUGGAAAGAAUGAUGUGGAUGCGGUGAAAAUAUUUACCAAAGAGCUGAAACAAUCUUUUCAACCUGAUUCGUAUGGAAUCAGCACCAUUGACCUGGUGAAACAAAACAUCAGUCCCAAUUGCCAAGAAGAGGAGUGCCGUUAUCUCCUUGUCCUCACCAAAAACUAUGCAGCACUUCAGAUUCUCCAGCAGACAUUCUUCUCAGAUCAAAACCAUCCAGAGAUCAUCUUUGGUUCCAGCUUCCCAAAGGAUCAAGAGUACACUCAGAUCUGCAGAAAUAUAAACCGAGUGAAAAUCUGCAUGGAAACUGGUCAGACUGUUGUACUUCUGAACCUUCAGAAUCUGUAUGAAAGUCUCUAUGAUGCUCUCAACCAAUACUAUGUUUCCCUUGGGGGUCAGAAGUAUGUUGAUCUUGGAUUGGGAACCCAUCGAGUGAAGUGCAGAGUUCAUAAAAACUUCAGGCUAAUUGUCAUUGAAGAGCAAGAGGUGGUCUACAAGCAGUUUCCAAUUCCCUUAAUAAACAGGCUGGAGAAGCACUACCUCGACAUCAACACUGUCCUCCAGAAUGACCAGAAGGUGACUGUCAAACAACUACAGCACUGGGUUGGAGAAUUUGUCUUUUUGAAAAGUCCAAAGUCCAAAACAAACUACCACCUGGCACCUGACGUCUUCAUUGGCUACCACUCAGACACAUGCUCCUCUGUGGUCCUACAAGUAACUGAGAUUUUGAAACCUGAGUCUGACAAAUCUGACACUCAAAGGAGAAUCCUGGACGAAGCCAAGCUCAUCUUGCUGAACUGCGCAACUCCAGAUUCUGUCAUUCGGCUUGAUGAGACCAAACUCUCUGCUGAUGAGACAGAGAUGCUGACGCAAAUCUAUUUUGAGCAGCAGAAUCAUCAUUCCCUGGCAGACUUCAUUGCCUUUCACACAAAACAGGAGGAACAAUGCCAUGCCAACUUUACAGAGGUCACAACAUUCUCCCGACUGUUGACAGCAGCAGAUAUUGAAAAGCUUCAGAACAUCACAGAGCUUUGUAAUAUUAAACUGCUCUCACUGCAACAGUUUGACACAGAGCACUCCUUCCUCAAAGAAAUCAGGCAAUUUCUUGACUCCACAAAUGCCGAUAAAGUCCUCAUCAUCCAAACUGACUAUGACGAGGAUUCCCAGAGCAUGAACAUUCUUGCAUCAGCCAAAUAUUCGUCGAUAAACGAAAUAAACAAAACAAAAGCUAAUGUUGACAAUGGAAGGGUAUUUGUGUACUUUGUUACCAAAUUACCUCGAAUUGAAGGCGGAACCUCCUACGUUGGAUUCCAUGGAGGACCUUGGAAAUCAGUUCACAUUGAUGACCUAAGAAAAUCCAAAGAGUUUGUGUCAGAUAUCCGGGCCCUGAGAAACCUACCCAUCAGCAAGCUUUUUGAGGAAAUAAAGGAGCUGUCCGAGGCAAUGUGUACAGAUGACAUAGACGUCAAGUCAAAUUGGCCAGAGCACUUUGUUGAGUUUGAUGCCACAUAUCUGGUUCGUAGCUGUGUGCAGAGAGCAGUGAGCAUGCUCAGGGACCAGGAGGAGAGUGGCGCUCUCAGCACCAGGAGAGUGGAAAUCCUGCUCACACUUCUGGAAGACAAUACAUUUCUGACACCACUGAUGAGCCACCUCCACUCUUUACUGAAGAACCGUGAGCGGAACAUCCACUUCCCCACUAACUGGGUGUUAAGGGAGGCAUGCAACAUCAGUGCUCUUCAGGAGGGGGGAACAUUCACCCAGACCUUGUGGAAGAGAAUCCAAGCCGUGGUCUCACCCCUCUUGGCUCACUUGGUGUCGGUCAUCGACCGGGACCGUAACCUCGACCUCCUGCUGGACCACAACAGUGGGCAGGGAGUUAGGAACCUAUGGCUGAAGAUAUUCAACAAUGAUGAGAUGCUUGAUAUUCCUAAAAUGGAUCCUAAUUCUGAGUCCAAGGUCAUUCUGGUGCCGGGCCAUGUCACAGCAGAGAGUGCCAUGAGCUGCACUAUGCCCUUCAGCUGGAGGAUCAAAGAAAUACUAGAUGAACUUAUGAUGCAAAACCUGCAGCACCGAAGAGAGUUUGAUGCACUCUUCAAGGAAAUCCCCCUUGGGCAGUAUCUGGAUACAGUGGAUAAGAAACUGCAGAUGGAGUUUUUCCAAAGGUACCUGCAGGAUUUUAUUGCCAUGACGAUGAAAGUGGCUUCAGAGGCAGAGUUAAAGCUUCUGUGUGAAGCCUUGAGCAGCUGUGUGAACGAGCUCCAGCGGCGACGAAAAGCUCCAAGUGAAGAAAUUCCCUCACUACUUUUGAUCCACUCUGCCUACAAAAUGUACCGCAACCGGCUACACAACCUCAACCAGAUUAUGUCCCUGCAGCCACAAGUGGCACCUCACUUGCAGCGAAACGCACUAGUGAAGGCCAGUCCAGAGAUGGUUAUGGACGUCUACGCAGCAGUUGUCUGUGUUGAGCACCUGGACCGUCCUGUAUUGGACUCCAAUGUCCAGUGCCGGGACUGGCUGAAGCAAGUGAAGAGACUGCAAGGAUCAAUGGAGCUGGUCUGUUCCCAGAGAAGCCUGAGGCAAUAUGGAGAAAGGAGCCGGGAAAUUUUUGACAACAUCUGUAAUCAAUGGAACCGCAUCUGUAUCCUUUCUCUGUUUGUGGAACACAUGGUUCUGGGCUUCGAGUCUAAGGAGAGGGUUCUCAAGGAUCUGGUCAUUGAUCAUACUUGUACCUUAGGCAAGAUUCUGGCAAAGAACUCGGACGUAAAAUCAGAGGAACCAUUUGCAGCCGUCAUUAAAUUACUGAAGAGCUGUAAACAAGCAGCUAGUGGUCUGAUUUGCAAGUUUGGUCUCCAGUGCGGGGUGUGUUUUGGGGAACCCCAUGACCCAGUGGACCUCCCCUGCCAACACAUUUUUUGUCUGAUCUGUGUCAGAGAGUGUCUCAACAUAGGCCAGAUGUAUUGCCCUAUGUGCAAACAGGAACUCCCGGAUGACUUUGAGAUCAAAGUGUCCGAUGAGACGGGAGCUCGCAUCAACCUAAACAGACAGUUCAGGCAGAGUUGCAAUGCCUUUUUCAUAGACCUGGUCACUGGCGUCUGCUUCAAAGACAACAUUCCACCAUCCAAAGGUGUUGUCCUGCAUCUGCUGUCCUUCCUCAUGGUCGAGACAGAACCAGUUCCACUCAACAGAGCACAAAGUCAGACAUACACCAAAGAUUUCUCGCCAUUUGAUGAGUCUCUGGACAAAUAUCCUGUAAUACGAUCUGUGAUACUGAAACUCCUGCUCAAGUACAGCUUUGAAGAAGUCAAAGAAUAUCUGCAGAUGCAUUUGACAUCAGUAGAAGAAAGCAAAAUUGUUGAUAUAGAAGAUAAAAAUGAACUUUAUGCCUUGUACAUCAACUGCCUUGAGGACUCCAUGUUGGACAAAAUGUCAGACGGAUGCCACAGACCUGGAGACCAGAAGGCCUACCUGGAGGAAGAGACAAGGUUCUUGGGUCACUUCCAGGACAUGGUCAAUAGGUCGACUGAGAAGGUCACAAUAGAGUACCUGCAACAGAUCGCAAGGGUUCGUCUGGGCCUGGACCUGGCAGCACAGCUGCUCCAUAGAAAGCAAUCUGGAGAAUUUGAGAGUCCCCAGGACGGGGUCGAGGAGUUCCUUGGUGUUGUAAUGACACUGUGCGAGGGAAGUGAGAACGACUGGUACCGGAUCUACCUGAUCCGCAGGAUCAGCAGUCAGCAGGGCGUGGAGUUCGUCCAGGACAUGCUGAAGGAAGCAGAGUACAGAUGGCUUUUCCCUGAGGAGGUUCAGCAACAGGAUGAAGACAGUGGCCAGAUGGACCAGUAUCUUGUUUAUGGAGAGGAAUACCAGGACAUCCGCGAGGCUGUCGCCAAAGCAGCUCUGGAGGGCAGUGUGGAGGAGAUUGAGGACACGUGUCAGAGGUGCCCUGCUCCUCAGAGGAGGCGGACUUUAUAUGUCCUGCUGGCUCUUUUCAGAGAAGUCACCUCUUUGUACAGAUCUGGCAACACGGCCCUGCAUCCCACCCCUGAGCAAUGCCAAGCACUUGAGAACUUCAUCCAAGGCUCAAAGUACCUGAACAGCAAGAGAUUGAGGGAUUUUGCCACAGCCUUGAUUCACAACAGGAUGGGAGGGCUGAGUGUCUUGCCUGACCGGUCCAAUGUGGAGCACUCCCUCAUAGAGGUGGCUUUCCACCUGGCCGCCGGGCUCCUCGCUGGGGCUGAGGGGCUGCUGACACCCCUGAAACAACUAGGCCUCACCCCCCAAAAUAUGCUGAGGGCCUUUUUACCCACAAUGCCUGAGGACAUGCUGGCUGUAGCUCAAAGGCUUAUAAUAAAGAAUGAAGUGGAUUAUGGCCUUUCCUGGUAUUCUUGUCCGAACGGUCACCCCUGUGUUGUUGAUAAGUGUGGUCAACCCAUGGAGAAGGCACACUGUCUGGAGUGUGGGGUGGAGAUUGGAGGGCAGAGUCACGUGGCCGUGAGCGGUUUCCAGAAGAUGGAGUUACAGGAGGGAGAUCUCACAAAGACUGGACACAUACUGGGGGACCCUCAGAGGAGGGAGAAUCCCGACACCCUGGACACCAAAAACAUGUCCCUCACCCCCUUCAUCCUGGUCAGGCUGUUGACCCACUUGGCGAUGCUGCGAGGAGCCUCAGAACAGCCAGAGUCCAUCCAGCAGAUCAUUCAGCCUCCGGUCCAGGAGCCCUGUUCAUUUCUGAUUGGUCACCUGCUGAAGGACAUGGAUCAGCUGACUAAAGCCCUGGGAAAGGGAACUGACGACAUGGUCACUACCGUCCACCUAAUAGUCAGAUCCAUUCUGGAACCACCACAGACCAAUCAAUGGCCGGCUCGCUAUGACUCCCAACUCUCAACUAAAGAGGCCAGAAAUGCCUGGGAGACGACUGUUGCAUCUGUCAUCAUCACUCCUCAGUUGAUGCAACUUGACGAGACGCUGAGGCAGGUAAAUGCCACCAUCAGAAACGAUUCCCGUGUCGCCUCCAACUUCGUCUUGAGGGUGACAUUUGGGGAUGAGUGUCCGUUGUCCUCCCUGCCUCAGGACUCCCAGGUCCAUUGCUCGGGGGUGUGGAGCUGCAGAGAGAGGGUAUCUCUGCUCAGUCUUUCCCACAUCGUAGAGCAGAACAAUGGAAGGGAAAACCUUCCCUUACUCUGGAAGUUCCUACAAAAGGAGUCUGAGUUCCGGCAGGUGAAGUUCCUUCCAGAUAUUCUGGCCCUGCAGAGGAGUCUGGUGAAAAAGUUCCAGAACUCCUCAGACAUUAUAAAUGUCUCUAUCAAAAAGUUCACCCUAAGCCAGACAGCAUCACUGAGAGCGUGGUACGAGAAGCGAGUCCAGAUCUUCCUAAACACAUGGAACAUGCUCAGAGUUUCUAUAGCCACCAACGAGAUGAAGAUCCCAGAGGAGUUCUGGCGGGAGGAUCUGGACCUGGACAGUGACCUCGUGUACCUUGUGCCGCGGCGCCAGGGUCCAGGUCUGUGUUCCACGGCUCUGCUCAGUCACCUUGUGACCCUGCACAACGAACUGGUUCAUUCUGUGGAUCGCCACACCAGGGACGAUACCAGCUACAAGGUGAGCCUAUCAGAGCUCACUGAGCUGCAUGUGAUCCGUUACGAACUGGAGAAGGAUCUACUGCCCCUGGUUCUGUCCAACUGCCAGUACAGCCUGGAGCGUGGAAAGGAGACCGUGUCUGAGUACGACCUGCCCAAGAUCCAGAAGCAGAUCCUGACCCGGUUCCUACAGGGAAAGCCACUGAUCAUGCUGACUGGAAUCCCGACCCUGGUCACUGGACACGAGAAAGAUUAUGAGACCAUUUUUAAAACGGUGAAAGGGAAGGUGUCUCAGGAGCCUCUUCCGUCCCUGAUCCUCACAGCCAUGUCCAGGGAUCUGGAGUCAUACAGUGAGGUGUGUGAGGCCCUGAAGGCAAUAGAGCUGGUUCUGGACUUCCUUUCCCUGACUGGGGGCCACACCCAGAUGUUUCUGGUUCGCUACCUGGAGGACACACUAAAGAUGGGCAAGCAGACUGACUGUAACGUCUUAAAGGCUCUGGGCAGGUGCAUGCUGAAGCACUGUGUGGCUCUGUGGCAGCUUCUGUCCUCCCUCAAAUCAGAGAACAUGCUGAAAAGUCUGAAGGGGGACCCUUUCUCCGGGGUGACGGCUAAGUACCAGAGGCCCCUGGAGGAGGACCAGAAGAGGAUGCUCCAGGACUUUAUCGCCAAAGGAAACAUCAACACCUGGCUUCUGGAGAUGCACGAGUUGCUUGUGCUGAAACUGAGCAAACCACAUGCUGAAGACAGCUAUGCAACACAAUGGAGUAUCAAAGGGACAAUAGCUGGUUACAUGGACUGCAAAGAAGUACCAGUCCCAUCUGAGGUGGAGGACUUCUUCCCAGACAAGAUACACCUCUCACACAUAGUAGAGACCUGGAAAUUUAUGGUGACCUCCAAAUCGGAAUGAAGUAAUUGAUUAACUAUCCAUUCUUUAUAUGUAACAGAUCCUCAGAAACGUUUGAAUGGACCACAACACAACCCUAUAUCAUAACCUGAUUUAUUCAGGCACCGUGAAAUGUGCAGACUUCUCCUUGGUAUAAUCGGCACUGCUGGUGGGAGAUGACACUCAGGGACAGAAUACACAAAACGCAUGCAAAAUUUACUUACGAUUAUAUACAAUGUAUAGUGAGCAGUGAUUAUUUUAUCCAGUGACGCAGAACCCCACGUGCCUUCGGGACAUUACGGACUUACAGACCAUAUUACACCAUACAUGUGAAGAACCAUGCCUUUCUCUUUGCAAAAUCUGCCAUGAAUUAUGUGACUUUCCCUGGUGGACUCACAGUCAUUUGUAUGUUUAUUGUGCUGGGCAAUUAAGAUCUUAAAAGUUUACACUUUGUUCUUUUGUUCUUAUAUUUUGGAAGCAGUUUCAUGUCUUUAGAUCAUUUGUUUUGGUUAGUGUGAAGCUAAUCGAUCAGUGUGUGAUUUUGGUCCACUUAGUCUAACUAGGUUUUGACAAUCUGCAUCUGAGGUUUAGUAAAAAUGACUUUAUUUGAUUAUAUUCCUUUAGUAUGGCCUUGCUUUUUUUUUCAGAUUAAAUGUAUGAUUUACUGUCUUGAAUUUGUCAAAUCACAGCAACUUUAAAUAAAAAAAGAAAAGCGUGUGCUGUCAUCUGA